ACCGCGUCUUUGUGUCUCCUACCUUCCCUAAUCUCAGAUUCGCACCCCAGGGCUGCGUACCAUCGGCCACCACCAUGUCCACCUCCGGAGCCAAUGUGUCUGCUUCCUUUAUCCCCCACCGUCUGAGCCACCCAGUGACCAUCCCGGCGGUGAUGUUCAUCUUCGGGGUGGUGGGCAAUCUGGUGGCCAUCGUGGUGUUGUGCAAAUCGCGCAAGGAGCAGAAGGAGACGACCUUCUACACGCUGGUAUGCGGGCUAGCUGUCACCGACCUGCUGGGCACGCUGCUGGUGAGCCCGGUGACCAUCGCCACGUACAUGAAGGGCCAGUGGCCUGGGGGUGAGGCGCUAUGCGAGUACAGCACCUUCAUCCUACUCUUCUUCAGCCUGUCGGGCCUCAGCAUCAUUUGUGCCAUGAGCAUCGAGCGAUACCUGGCCAUCAACCACGCCUACUUCUAUAGCCACUACGUGGACAAGCGGCUGGCCGGCCUCACGCUCUUCGCCGUCUAUGUGUCCAACGUGCUCUUCUGUGCACUGCCCAGCAUGGGCCUAGGCAGCUCGCGUCUACAGUACCCAGACACCUGGUGCUUCAUCGACUGGACCACCAACGUGACGGCGCAUGCUGCCUUCUCCUACAUGUACGCCGGCUUCAGUUCCUUCCUCAUCCUAGCCACAGUGCUCUGUAACUUGUUUGUUUGUAGCGCGCUGCUUCGCAUGCACCGCCAGUUCAUGCGCCGCACCUCGCUAGGAACCGAGCAGCACCACGCAGCGGCCGCCGCCGUGGUGUCCGCAGCCUGCCGAGGCCAUACUGCCUUCGCUUCCCCAGCCCUGCCGCGCCUCCGGGACUUCCGACGCCGCAGGAGCUUCCGCCGCAUCGCAGGCGCUGAGAUCCAGAUGGUCAUCUUACUCAUCGCCACCUCUGUGGUGGUGCUCAUCUGCUCCAUCCCCCUCGUGGUGCGGGUGUUCAUCAACCAGUUAUAUCAGCCGCGUUUGGAGGAAGAAAUCAGCAAAAACCCCGAUUUGCAGGCCAUCCGAAUUGCGUCUGUGAACCCCAUCCUGGACCCCUGGAUAUACAUUCUUCUGCGGAAGACAGUGCUGAGUAAAGUGGUGGAGAAGAUCAAAUGCCUCUUCUGCCGCAUUGGUGGGGCCCGCAGAGACCGCUCCAGCCAGCACUGUUCAGAUAGCCGAAGGGCAUCGUCUGCUAUGUCCGGCCACUCACGCUCCUUCAUCUCCUGGGAGCUGAAGGAGAUCAGCAGCACAUCUCAGACCCUCCUUUACCUCCCGGAACUAAGUGAAAACGGCCUUGGAGGUGGGAAUUUGCUUCCAGGGGUACCUGGCAUGGGCCUAGCCCCAACAGACACCACCUCACUGAGGACUUUGCGAAUAUCAGAGACUUCGGACUCCUCACAUGGGCAGGACUCGGAGAGCGUCUUGCUGGUGGAUGAGGUUGGUAGGAGCAACAGGGCUGGGCCUGCCCCUAAGGGGAAUUCCCUGCAAGUCACGUUUCCCAGUGAAACAUUGAAUUUAUCAGAAAAGUGUAUAUAGUAGGUAAGGAAAAAAAUACAGCACUGUUUUUGGAACCUUAAAAACCCGUGCAAUAGACAUAUACAAGAAGCAUUUAUCUGUGCUCAGAAGGGCUCCUUUCAUC